AUGGGGAAAACGAAAUUGGCACCGCAACCUGAGACCUCUGUGCCCAGACUGGAACUCUGUGCUGCCGUCCUGGCGGUUGAAUUGGCAGAUAUGAUUGUCUCAGAGCUUGAUAUGCAAGUGAACUCUACCAUUUUUUUCACUGAUAGCAAGGUCGUUCUUGGCUAUAUAGGAAAUGAACAUCGCCGCUUUUACGUCUAUGUCAGCAAUCGAGUUCUGCGCAUCCGUCGAUCAUCUCAGCCUGAACAGUGGCAUUACGUACCCACGGAUAAAAACCCAGCUGACUGUGGAACCAGAUCAAUUCCUUCCAUCCAAAUGUCUACUACAGCCUGGCUCAACAGUCCCUCUUUCAUCUCCAACUCCUUGUUCAACCGUUUCGAAUCCAACUCCUACUGCCUUAUCAAUCCUGAAAACGACGUCGAAAUCCGUCCGGUAGUGACACGGGCAAUCGCUCGUUUGAUCCACAUCUCUCAGUCGUUUAAGAAAGAGACUAGACCGAAGGACUGCAAGGGCUGA